UUUUUUGUGUCAUUCCAGUGAACCGCACCGUCUGCAACCUGAUGGACGUCCCCUGCCAAACUGCUCUCUUUUCCCCCGAGAGCGGCCAGCCACUCAGCAUAGCUCGCUGCCACCUGUGCGGGACGCUCUGCGAGCACGUGAAGUACAUCGUCAAGUCGUCGGCAGGAGCGCUCAACUGGAGUACUGACCCGGGCAAUUUCUUCGUAAGCAGCAGACACCCAGGUAGAAGAAACGCAUCAGAGUACGCCGUGGUCCACGUAUACGCGCGACGCAGUAUCGUCACGAGGAACAAGAUGGACUUGCACCUGCAGCGCGAGGACCUAUUGGGAGCUCUGGGCGGCCUCUCAGGUCUUUUCGUUGGCUUUAGUUUGGUCGCUGGUUUCGAGUGUUUGUACUUUUUCACAAUCCGACCGUGCUUCCGCGACGGACACGGACACACGAUGAUGGCUGGGAAAAGAGACGGGGUGGCCCACGAAAAGCAAUCCUCCAAAACCGAAGACGCCCUUAUUACCGUUCCUGGCAUCGGUCGCAUUUCUCCCCUCAUCACAGCGCCGCCUCGCAUCUUCACUUUGAGUAAGCCACACCGACGUGGCCGCCGCCACGGCGUUUUGGCCCAUUAAAUAAAGUGAAUUUAAAAUCA